UUUUCCUUAAAAGAAAAAAAAAAAAGACCGUUAUAUAUGAUGCUCCGUUCCAUUUCCGAAGUUUGAAAUAAAAGAGUAAGAGCGUGUUUUUGGCGCCUUGCAACUUAAGCUCAGACUCCUUCUUUGCAUCUCCAUUCCCUCUUCCCAUGGCGUCUCCCUCCGAAUCAUCUCUCAUUUCGAAGCUUCAGUCCUCCGAUUCCCCCGGCAUCCACGCCCUAGUCUCCGAUUACCUCCGCCCCCUUGCAGAUCUCAAGCCAACAAAGAAAUCCAAACCCGACCCAACCCUAAUCCGCUCCCUCGCGAAGCGCUUCCUCUCCUUCCUCAAUUCCUCUCUAUCCAUUCUCCCCAAACGCCUCCCGGAGCUUUCCAAGUCCAAAGACUCCGUUUUGGUCCUCGAACUGCUCCGCGUUUACCGGCUUUGCCUCGAUUGCUUGGACACCGUCGCUUCUCAGUUGGCUUCCAAGCCAUUCUCAGUCGAAUUCCAGAGACUUCGCUUGAUGCACUGCCUCGAGUCCUGCGCCCUGUUCGCUGAAGCUGAAGUCGAGGGUUUGGGGCUUCUUGAUAGGCUUCGACAGCCGAAGAGGAAGGGCAAGCUUCUCCCUGAAAUAGACAAGGGCGGUGGAGACGGUAAAGACUUAUGUUCUUUGGUAGUUGAUAUUGCCGUGAGCCUCGUAAGGUGUGCAUCUGCGGGUUUGGCUAAAGAAGAUGACAAUUUCAAGAAGGUGCUUCAGUUGGUGGACGAAGUAACCCCUUGGCUCAUGUACGUCCCACUCCGUUGUAUUAAGGUUGCGUCAUUUUAUCAACUUAUUGUUCUCAGGGAAUGGAUUCCUAACUCAUAUGAGAAGUUGCAAAGUGAUUCUCCAUCAAAGAUCAAGUCUACAAGGAUGUGUUCUUCAUUGUUUGCACUGCGGGAUAGUAAUUCCUUGUAUAUCAUGGACAUAUUGGAUUGCAUAGUUCUUGAGUGCAAGGUUGAGGAAGGAAACACAGGGAUAGAAUUUGCUGAACUUGUUGAUUACUGUGUGAAUAAAUGUCAAACUGCAAAUGCUAGUUUUUGUUGUGCAUUUGCAGCGUAUUUGAACAAAAUAGCGGAACAUUUCAAACAGGUUAUGACACCCAUUAAUUCAAUACUGAGGCUUUAUGCUGCUGGAUUGCUCCUUGUUAGUUGUAAUUUAAGGUCCAGAACUGGAGCUCUUUGCAUCACUGGCAGUGCAGAUUUUGGGUGUUUGCUUGGAACUUUACUUGAAAACAGAAAUAGCAGAUCAACGUCAUUGCUUGGUUCCUUGCAUAUUUGCAGCAAAAGUAAUUGCAUGUCGUCCAGCAUGGAAGAUCAAUCCCUAGCUGGUAUCCCAUGCACACCACUGGGUUUCAAUAGUCAGGCUUAUAUGACUUACAAGUCAGUUUAUGUAGAGGCAUUGAAAUUUCUAUGCCAACCACUUGCUAAAUCAAUUAAUUCAGAAAGGAAACAAUUAGUUACUGAAGUGGAUGAUAUUCAGAUAUGUUUUUUGUUGGUGUUUCAGGAGAGCAAGCAAUUAAUUAAGCAGAUCAUUGCUAGCAAAUGGAUUGAAACAGAAGGAUUAAAUUACAUUAUUGCUUGUCUCUACAAUAUUGCUGUAGUUUUGUACAGAAACAGGCAACUAGAAAAGGCUUCAAAGGUGCUAAACUUGUGCUGUAAAGCUUCAUGGCUCUGUAUUAAGUAUCAUUGUGCAAACCUGUCAGAAGGUACUUUGAAGGAUUUUGUAAUGGAGGCUUGCACCAGAAGUGCUCUUCUUUUAGAUAUUAUGUAUGAUGUCAACAAUGUAAAGAUAAACAAAAAGGUGAUUGAGAUCCUUAACAACUGGUUCACUGCUAAUGAUUUGUUUGAGAAACUUCCAGCUCCAAUACCGGUUGUAAAGCAGUGGGUGAAGAUAGAAUGUAAACUGCUACGCAGGUGGGUGAGAGAAUUGAUUUCUCAGCUGUAUUGCAUACUCACGUCUUCUAUGCGAUUGUCAAAGAGGAAUAUUGCCGUGAUCUUGGAGCAGGAGCUUACUGCAUAUGAGGAGAUGAGUUUUAAAUACUCUGAAAUAUGUCACAAAAUGCAAAUGAAAAUUACGGAUAUUCUUCUGCAAGAUGUAUAUAUCACUCCAGAUAGUCGUUUUCAAAUGGCACAAAUUCUAGUGAGAAAGGGAAAGGCACUCAGGGUUAGGGGCAUGGGUGGUCUCAGGGAAUGCAUCCAGUGUCUGUCAGAAGCAAUAGCUAUUAUGAGGGAUAUUUCUGGUGACAUAUAUACUGAUAGUAAUUCCAUUCAUCAUCAAUUGUGUGUGACAUAUUGCUUGCGUGCAAUCUGUACACACGAAGCCGAAUCUAAUUCGAAGCAAAUCUUUGAAGAUGUCAAGUCUGCUUUGGAUCUAUGGUUGAGUACAUCAGAUCUUAAUCACUUAGAAGAGGGAGAUUAUUCUGCAUUAUCUGACAGUUUAAUGAUUCUGUUCUAUAACAUAGUUGAUUUACUACAAUUGAAGGGUUUCGUGGAACUGUUCAAUUAUGCAUAUCGACUGGUGAUUAAAAUGUUUAAGUGGAAGAAUGUUCCAAUUGAAAAGUGGUUGACCUUAAUGUGGGAAAGUAGAAAUCUAUGUCAUGCUCUCUGUGUUUCACCUGUUAGUGAGGAGUUCAUCAUGAACUCAUUGGAUGAGUUCAGAGAACUUUCAGAUAUUAAUUUCUGGAUACGUUAUCUUCAGGGAAAUCAAUCAUCAUUGAUAGGGUUUCAGCAGAAUUUUUCUUUCUUAUUUGCCAGCUCUCAUAGGAAUUCCAGCAGUCAUGAGAGCUCUUUUCGAACAGACAUCACAAUUGAUGAAGUUCAAAAAGCAGCUCUUGAUCUGAUUUCAAAUGUUCCUGUCCCAAGUCAUUCUACAUUUCUUGCCGGUUGUCUUUUUUAUGAUUUGUGCCCAAGACUUGUUGCAAAUGGACAGUUAAUAGAGUUAAGUUGUAUUAGUUAGUUCUGAUUUCAAUUCUUAUGUUAUGGAUAACCAGUCCCUUAGCUUCUAAACUAAAGACAAGUGAUAUUUGAAGCAUGUUCUUGAUUGUCUUAAGUCGUACUGUUUGUGUAAAGGAUUACAAGAGUGAUGAAUUUGUAAUUGAUUUUGAACUGUUGAUGUUCAUGUUUCUAACUGAAAUUGGUUUGGACUUUUAGAUGCGAUAACUUGUGUCUGUAAGGUUCACUUG